AUGGCUACCGAAUCUUGGCCCUUUCCAACAAAGACAUGGCACGACGACACAUAUCCGGCCAUCGAUCCGACUCGCCCUGAGCUCAGCUUGGCUGGCAAGACGGCAGUAAUCACUGGCGGCGGUAUUGGCAUCGGCGGAGCUAUUGCCCAGUCAUUCGCCAAAGCAGGCGUCUCUCACCUUGCCUUACUCGGGCGACGACUUCAAGUUUUGGAAGAGAAGAAAGCCCAGAUUGCCAUCAUCAAUCCUCAAACAGAGGUUUUGGUGAUCCAAGCGGACAUUGUCAACGAAGGACAGAUCCAAAAGGCUUUUGAAACCGUGAAAUCCACGUUUGGAGAGCCACAAAUUCUCGUUAACAAUGCUGCGUAUUUUGAUGGAGCAAUCUCGGUGCUGAAGGAUAGUGUCGAUGACUGGUAUCAGGCCUUCGACGUCAACGUCAAAGGCAGCCUUCACGUCGCUAGAUCCUUCUUAUCUGUCGCGGCACCGUCGCCUAGGAUUCUAAAUAUUUCUACCGCAACGGCUCAUUUAGAUGCCAAGCUAUUCCACGGAAUGUCAGCAUAUCUAUCAUCCAAGAUGGCCCAGCUCCGUAUGUUUGAGGCCAUACAGGCCGAGCGGCCCGACGUGGUGAUUGUGAGCUGCCACCCAGGGCGCGUGAUGAGCGAAAUGUCAGCAAAGGUCGGUAGGACGAAGGGCAUUGAUACAUUGGACCUUUCGGGCGAUUUUGGUGUUUGGGCAGUCAGUGACGAGGCAACAUUUCUAAAGGGUAGAAUGGCGUGGGUCAAUUGGGAUGUAACUGAGCUCAAGGAGAAGAAGGACAAGAUUAUCAAUGAUAACUUACUCAUCGUCUCUCUUAGUGGCUGGCCAUUUAAGGACAACGCGACAGAAUUGCACGACGAGCCUGUCGCUGUUUCUCCCGCCAAUUACGACCAGCAAUUUACGUUUCAAACUUCAACCGAAAUCAUGACUGGUCGAGGUGGAGGCGGUGGUCGCCGCGUUUUGCUUCCCCCCAUUAACAUGAUCUUCAAGCUGCUUCAGAGCAAUGCUACCGUCAGCGUCUGGUUAUACGAGCAGCUUUCAAUCCGCAUUGAGGGCAAGAUCCGGGGAUUCGACGAGUUUAUGAACCUGGUUAUCGACGACGCCGUGGAGGUCAAGCAAAUCACAAAAACCAAUGACAAGGAGUCAAGGAAACCGCUGGGCCAAAUCUUGCUCAAGGGCGACAACGUCUCUCUAAUCCAGAAUCUGUCGAGCUAG